AUGUCCCUCCUUCCUCCCGAGGUCCACACCGCGCUGUCCCAGCUGCUGCGCGCUUUGAGCACACCCGACAACGCUGUUCGAUCGCAGGCGGAAGACCAGUUGAACAAUGAAUGGGUUCAGAAUAAGCCGGAUGUCCUACUGAUGGGCCUAGCUGAGCAGAUUGGUGGAGCUGAAGACACAUUAACCCGUGCUUUCUCCUCUGUGCUUUUCCGAAGAAUCGCAACCAAGACCCGCAAGGACCCCGCCACUGGCGAGGCUAAGGAGGUCUUCUUGAGCCUUCCCAACGAACAACGAGUCGCCAUCCGCGAAAAGCUAGUCACCUGCCUCACCACCGAAUCCGUUCUCGAUGUGCGCAAGAAAGUUGGCGAUGCCGUCGCCGAGGUAGCCCGGCAAUACACCGACAAUGGUGAUCAAUGGCCCGAACUUCUCGGUGUCCUUUUCCAGGCCAGCCAGUCUCCCGAGGCUGGUCUGCGAGAGACUGCUUUCAGAAUCUUUACCACCACCCCUGGUAUCAUUGAGAGGCAGCAUGAAGACGCCGUGGUUGGUGUGUUCACCAAGGGCUUCGAAGACGAGAAUAUCUCUGUCCGAAUUGCUGCCAUGGAAGCCUUCGCCGCAAUGUUCCGUUCGAUCAGCAAAAAGUCCCAGAGCAAAUUCUUCGGCCUCACUCCCGCCCUUCUUCACAUCCUCCCUCCCCUCAAGGAAUCCAGCGAGAGCGAGGAGCUGUCCUCCGCUCUCCUUGCUCUGAUCGAGCUGGCAGAGAUUAACCCUAAAAUGUUCAAGGCUUCGUUCAGCGACCUUGUCAAGUUCAGCAUUAGUGUUAUUGCUGAUAAGGAGUUGAGCGACCAAGUUCGCCAGAAUGCCCUGGAAUUGAUGGCCACCUUUGCCGACUACUCUCCAAACAUGUGCAAGAAGGAGACGAACUUUGCUCAGGAGAUGGUCACCCAGUGCUUGAGCUUGAUGACUGAUGUCGGUGCUGAUGAUGAUGAUGCCGAGGAGUGGAACGCGUCCGAGGAUCUCGAGCCCGAGGAGAGCGAUCUCAACCACAUUGCUGGUGAGCAAUGCAUGGACCGCCUGGCUAACAAGCUCGGCGGCGAAGCUAUUCUCCAGCCCGCAUUCUCCUGGAUUCCCCGCAUGAUGUCUUCCACCGCCUGGCGCGAUCGUCACGCUGCUUUGAUGGCCAUCUCUGCUAUCUCCGAGGGCUGCCGCGACCUGAUGGUCGGCGAGCUCGACCAAGUCCUCGCCCUCGUCGUCCCCGCCCUGCGCGACCCCCACCCCCGCUGCAAUGCUCUCGGUCAGAUGAGCACUGAUUUCGCCGGUACCAUGCAAGAGAAGUACCACGGUAUUGUCCUGAACAACAUUAUCCCUGUGCUGGGCAACACCGAGCCCCGCGUGCAGUCUCACGCUGCCGCUGCUCUGGUCAACUUCUGCGAGGAGGCUGAGCGCAGCAUCCUCGAGCCCUACCUAGGAGAUCUUCUCGGUCGUCUUUUGGAGCUUCUGCAGAGCCCUAAGCGCUACCUCCAAGAGCAGGCUCUUUCCACCAUCGCUACCAUCGCCGACUCCGCUGAGACCGCCUUCGGCCAGUACUACAACAACCUCAUGCCGCUGCUGACGAACGUCCUGAAGGAGGAGCAGGGUAAGGAGUACCGCCUUCUGCGUGCCAAGGCCAUGGAGUGUGCUACUCUGAUUGCUCUGGCCGUUGGCAAGGAGAAGAUGGGCCAGGACGCUCUGAACCUGGUCAACAUUUUGGGCAACAUCCAACAGAACAUUACCGAUGCCGAUGAUCCUCAAUCCCAGUAUCUCCUUCACUGCUGGGGCCGCAUGUGCCGUGUCCUUGGCCGCGACUUUGUCCCCUAUCUGCCCGGCGUCAUGCCUCCUCUACUGACUGUGGCUGCCGCUAAGGCCGACAUCCAACUCCUUGAUGACGAGGAUCAGAUCGAGCAAGUUGAGCAAGAUGAGGGUUGGGAGCUGGUUCCUCUCAAGGGCAAGAUUAUUGGUAUUAAGACCAGCGCUCUGGAGGACAAGAACACCGCUAUCGAGUUGAUCACCAUCUACGCCCAGAUUUUGGAGGAGGCUUUCGAGCCUUACGUUCUCGAGACCAUGGAGAAAAUUGCCGUGCCCGGUCUUGCCUUCUUCUUCCACGACCCCGUCCGUGUUUCGGCCGCUAAGCUCAUUCCCCAGCUGCUUAACUCCUUCAAGAAGGCGCACGGCGACCAGGCCCCCGGAUUUGCUGAGAUGUGGAGCAAGGUUGCCGAGAAGAUCAUUGAGGUGCUCAGCGCUGAGCCCACCGUCGACACCCUUGCCGAGAUGUACCAAUGCUUCUACGAGUCCGUCGAGGUUGUUGGUCGCAACAGCCUCACCUCUCAGCACAUGCUGGCCUUCAUCGAGUCCGCCAAGUCUACUCUCGAGGACUACCAGAUGCGCGUGAAGCAACGGCUGGAGGAGCAGGCCGAGCUCGAGGAGGGUGAUGAGGAAAACCUUGAUUACGAAUUCGCCAUUGAGGAUGACCAGAACCUGCUCAGCGAUAUGAACAAGGCCUUCCACACCAUCUUCAAGAACCAGGGCAAUACAUUCCUACCUGCCUGGGAGCAACUGAUCCAGUUCUACGACAACUUUAUCACCAGCCAAGAUCCCACGCAGCGCCAAUGGGCCCUCUGUAUCAUGGAUGAUGUUCUCGAGUUCUGCUCCGCGGAAUCUUGGAACUACAAGGACCACAUUAUGCAGCCCUUGGCCUCUGGUCUCACCGAUGAAAACGCCGCCAACCGCCAAGCUGCCGCCUAUGGUGUCGGUGUUGCCGCCCAGAAGGGUGGUGCGCCCUGGAGCGAUUUUGUUGCCGCCAGCAUUCCCAGCCUCUUCCAGGUUACCCAGCACCCGCACUCCCGUACUGAAGAACACGUUUUCGCUACCGAGAAUGCUUCCGCCAGUAUCGCGAAGAUCCUGCACUACAACGCCUCCAAGGUGCAGGGUGCUCAGGACAUCGUCGUCACCUGGAUCGAAACGCUGCCCAUUAUCUACGAUGAGGAGGCUGCUCCUUACGCCUAUUCCUUCAUUGCCCAGCUGAUUGACCAACAAAACCCCGCCGUCAUCAGCAAGGCUGACCGUGUGUUCGGAUUUAUCGUGCAAGCUCUUGACGCGGCGACUCUGCAGGGACAGACUGCCGCCCGUGUUGCCGCCUCGGCCAAGCAGCUGGUGGCCGCGACUGGUCUGAAUGCCGAGCAGAUCCUGGCAGGCGUCAACCCAGACAACCAGGAGCGAGUUCGCAAGUACUUCCAGUAG